AUGGUGAACUCUGCCUUAUAUAACAUGGAUGCUGGGCACAGAGCUGUCAUCUUUGACCAGUUCUGUGGAGUACAGGACAUUGUGGUAGGGGAAAGAACUCACUUUAUCAUACCAUGGGUACAGAAACCGAUUAUCUUUGACCACCAUUCUCAACCACGUAAUGUGCCAGUCAUCACUGGUAGCAAGGAUUUACAGAACGUCAACAUCACACUCUGUGUCCUCUUUGGGCCUGUCACUAGCCAGCUUCCUCACAUCUUCACCAGCAUCGGAGAAGACUGUGAUGAGCGUGUGCUGCCAUCCAUCACGGCCGAGAGCCUCAAGUCAGUGGUGGCUCGCUUUGAUGCUGGAGAACUAAUCACCAGUCUGCCGGUGGGGCAGUCCGUGCCCCUCCAGCUGCCCCAGUGA